AUGGCAGCUGCAGUAGCCCACAUUCCCACCGCGACACCCUUCGGCGCGGCAGUCCCCUCAGCUCCCGAGGUUGGCAUUGCCAAUCGCGAACCGACCCUGAAGCCGAGGGACAUCCACACGGAACUGCACUUCUUCAAGGAUCCGGAAGACGGUUCGGCGCCUCACCCCACCUACGUAAAUCGUCCCGAGACCUACGAGAGACCCGUCGAGGCCCACCCCGUCGUCAUCCAUGAUGUCCGUGGCCGGGAAGCCGAUUAUACCCUGGAUCGUGAUGGCUUCGAGUUCGUCCAACGCCCCGCUGAGGAGAAGGAUUUCGUCGAUGACGAGCACAUCAAGGCCGUUUACUACCCCGAGGUCGAGCAGCUGCUCAAGGACGUGACCGGCGCUUCGAAGAUUUUCAUCUUUGACCACACGAUCCGCCGCCAAUCCCCCUCUUCCCAAAGCCGCAACCCAGGCCUCCGCGGUCCGGUCCAGCGCGUUCACAUCGACCAAUCCUACUCCGCCGCCCUCUCCCGCGUCCCCUACCACCUCCCCGAAGAAGCCGAAGAGCUCCUCAAGGGCCGCGUGCAGAUCAUCAACGUCUGGCGACCUAUCAAGACGAUUCUGAAGGACCCCCUCACCGUGGCCCAGGCCGAUACUGUCUCGGACGAGGACCUCGUCCCCAUUUCGCUGAUUUACCCGACGCGUCACGGCGAGACGUACAGCGUGCGGUAUAAUCCUGCGAACAAGUGGUUCUACAAGUCGGCGUUGUCGCCGGAUGAGGUGUUGUUGAUUAAGUGCUUCGAUAGCAAGAAGGACGGGAGGGCGAGGAGGGUGCCGCAUAGUGCGUUUGUGGAUCCGGAGGCUGGGGAUGAUGUGCCGACGAGGGAGAGUAUUGAGGUGCGGACUUUGGUGUUCCAUCCUGAGGAUAGGGACUAG